GCUCCUUCUCCUUUUCUAUGUUGCUUUAAAUGGUACUAAGGAUAUGACGAGUGUUGUGUCAGGCCACCCCAGAAAUUUGCCAUGGCAAAUCUAUGAGAGUUCUUUAAAGAGCAGAUCUAUUAAGGUACAAUGCUUGAGGUUUUCGAGUGUAGAGUUCCCUCAUGGACGAACAUUGUCUGCUCAGGAUCAAUACUUUGCCAGUUACCACAAAAGAACCCCAGACCCUAGGCAGGUUUUUGUUGGAGCAGUCAGUGGUGAUGCAGAAUCAAGCAGUGCUGGAGAUGAAAGUAAGGACAAGGAGGGUGAAGAAGAAGAAGAAGAGGUGAGUGGUGGGUUAUCUCGUGAAGAUUUGGAAAGAAUUGCUGGAAAUGAUGAUUCAAGUUUCAGUGGUGUAGAUCUUGCAACUCUUAUCAGGAAAAAGUAUGGUAGAUCAUAUGAUGUCCAAUUAAUAAAGAAGGAAUUCAUGGGAAGAAACUUGUUGGCAAUGAAUGUCAUGUGGAAGUACAUGGAGCAGAGAUCCUUUCCCUUGACUGAAGAAGAGUAUCUGCUGAGGCUUGAUGAUGUAGCAAACACACUGAAAUGCUGGGGAGCUGUCUCACACAUUCGAAAUAGUCUUGCAAAAUUGAAGGAACGACCCCGAAUAGGAAAAGCGGCACAAAGUUUCCCUGGAAUUCUUGCACGUCCACUGAAAGUGUCUGAAUCAAAGACAGGAUGCUAUGUCCUCAGUAAAGAAGCUGGAAUGUUUCUGCAACAUAAUCACAUGUCGCUUCUUAAUUGAUGGUGAAAUAACAAACUAGCAGGAAGCUGAUACAAGCACAGCAGGUUAUUCAAACAAUGAAGAAAAUCUUGAAAUUAUGCCAUCAAACUGUACUCAAUCAACUGUGGUGGCAUACUAAUGGCGGUCAAGUCUGCUGAGGAAACGAACAGGUCUCAUAUUAAUGUCUAUAGCAGGAAGAAGGAAUUAUGAGCAAUGAUAUUUUUGAGAAAAAAUUGUGAGCAAUGACUGUUAUGAGCAAUGAGUUUUAUUGGUCUCUUCUUAGUUGUAUGAUGUUAUCAUCAGUUUUAAUAUGUUGAAAAGGCAUGCUAGGCAGUAUGUUUUGCAACUAAUAAACGACAAUUAUUCUAUAAAUGUGUACUUUUUUGUUUCCUUCAA